UGCUUCUGCUCCGCCACUCUGCCAUUGGACUCUUGAUAGUCGUCUCCCCACACUGCUGCUGGGGGGACUUUUUAACAUAGGCCUCUGUAUGGCCUUCAAUUUAAGCUGCUUACGCUUCGCCACUCUGCCAUGGGCCCCUGUACCACCUCCUCAUGCUGCUGCCAGGUCCAGAGUGUGUCAUGGGUCCCUGUACGGCCUCCCAUUGCUGCUGUCUCCAUCGCCACACUCUGCCAUGUGCCACUUUCAGGUCUCCUCACACUGCUGGUGGGUUCCAUUUUGUCAUAGGGUGCUGUAUGGCCUCCCAUUGCUGCUGCCUCCACCACCACACUGUGGCUCCACACUCUGGUUUUGGCCCCCAGACUCCAAGGGCAUUUAAAUUAAAGGUACAGUGUUCUGCACUAAUAUAA